GAAAUCAAGGACAUUCAAAUUAACUUUGCUCAAUCCAUUUAUAACUUGUCCUGUGUGUCAGGGUUAUCUAGUUGAUGCUACCACAAUAACAGAAUGUCUACAUUCAUGUAGGUUGAAGAAUAUAUAUAUAUAUAUAUAUAUAUAUAUAUAUAUAUAUAUAUAUAUAUAUAUAUAUAUAUAUAUAUAUAUAUAUAUAUAUAUAUAUAUAUAUAUAUAUAUAUAUAUAUAUAUAUAUAUAUAUACUGUAUAAGUUAAAGAAUAUGUAAAUAAAUGCUGAUUAAUAUUCACUGUAUCCACUUUUAAUUGUUACACUUUAAUGCUUGUGAUGUUACUCUGAGUGUAUAUCCACACCGGGCAAGCUUGAAAAAUAUGCCUGACCACGAUGGGAAUCGAACCUACGACCUUUGGAAUACUAGCCCAAUGCUCUGCCAACUGAGCUACGCGGUCUGGUCGGUUCGAGUAUGUGAUAUUUCGGAACAGAAUCUAGUUCCUUCGAAAUCAAUGUUAUCUAAUAAUAAUCAUGAUUUGUUACAUUGUAGUUUGCCGAAGUUGUAUUGUCAAAUAUUUUGAAAAGUUUGAGACGAAUUAUACCUGUCCACUUUGUAAUGAGCUUGUCCAUAAAACAAAUCCUUGGUAUAAUUUAAAGUAAGUUGAUCUUUUCAACAACCCAUUUUUUUAUCAAAGUAAGUAUGCAAUACUACUGUAAUUUUUGUCCAAUGUAGAGCUGACUCUGUGCUACAAGAUGUUGUUGGCAAACUAGUUCCUGAUUUUACUGAAGGUAAAAUUAUAAUAUGAUUUUCUUAGGAUAAUUGGAAGUCAUAAAAUUAAUUCAACACCUGGAAAGGGCGUUGAAUUUAGUGAAAAUCCUGAUUAUUUUUGUCACCAGCAGCUUUAUCUUAUAAAUAAUAAUAUUUUUAGACAAUCUGAUUCCACCGCCAGGAAUAGCCUGGAAUUUCACUCUAUAUACUAUACUUCACAUAUUUUAUUGAGGGAAACAUAUUAAGUUCAUGACGUCUUAGCCUUAUAGGAGCAAACUUGAUUUAGCGAUUCCACAAGAUUUUAGUAACUUUAAUAUAAAAACAAACUCGUAUUUGACUAUUAUAAUCCUAAGCCUAUAUUUUUCAUUUAGCUGAAGAACGGCGGCGCAGAGUAUUCUACAAAAGUAGAGGCUUACCCAUCCCAGAAAAAGGUGAGGAUUCCUGACGUUGAAUUUCUCUUUCAACAUGGGUUGAAUCUAGUCGCUUUCUAUUUAUGUUUCUCUUUCCUUCGCAGUUAUCAAGCCGGACAUUCAACGACGCGAGCCCAGUCGUUUAGACGAAAUCCGCAAAGAAACCCCGUCACCGCAACUUCGAGGGCCGUCUCAAGAACCCUCAAGAGAAACCUCCCCACAAACAUCCAGUUAUGAAACUUCGAACUGUGAUGAGAAUGAUGAUCAGAUCACAAUGCAACUGGAAAUGAAAAGGUUUGUUUUAGGCCGUGUUUGUCAUUUUGUUCUUGGUGGUGAUGAGGUUGUUUUUGUGCUGUUGUUGAUAUAGUACUAAGUGGUUAUCGUCGUUGGUGGUGGUAGUGGACUGGUGAUAUGGUGAUGUUGUUGUUCGUUGUGGUGUUCUUGUUUUUGUCGUUGGUAGUGGUGGUGAUAGUGGUGGUGCGGUGCGUGACUUGUUGUCGUCAGCAUAGGAACUAUGUACGCAUUGAUUCCUCCAUGAAAAGAUGAGGAUGAAAAAGAAUGAAAAGUGGGAUAAGUCAUUUGCGAUGUUUGUGUUUGGUGUGACUUCUUAGAUCUUGAACAGAAGAGUUUGGAACAAUAUUCACACGGGAAAGUUGGUGGAAGACUGGAAGUAUUGGGUUGGAUUAAACUUUCUGUCUUUCUCCUCGUGUCUUUGAUCACUAUUUUCUCUUUGUCUUGUUUCUUUCAGUAGUGCGACUCCGUUCCGGAUUUGUUGUCUCCAACCUUUACGGUCUAAUGAGUUGAUGUUUGUUCUGGUGAAGGUCUUUUCCAAUUGGCCGCUGUGCCUGACUACUACUACCAGAAUGCUUUGCGAUCAUCUGUUAUCUUUUUCUAAGAUUCUCGCAAAGCAUUGUGCUAUCAAUUGUUGUAGUCAUGCACUGCAAGAAAACGCCAUUAUGCAUAAGUUCUAUUUUAGUGAUGGUGUAGUGUUGUUACUGAUAGUGAUGUAAUAGGUGUUCGUGUUGUUUCGGCCACCUGCGAGAAAGUAAAUAUACAAUUUAGUAUGCUCUAGUGUUUAUCGAAAUUUUUUUUUUCUACUUUCAGUAUGGACGAGUUGAUCCUCGAAGAUAUUUUGGUAUGUACAUUUAUCAAUGGGUUGAUCCAGGUUUACUGAGGUGUCUGGGUUGCCAUGAUUUGCCCAUAAAAUAAUGUUAAGAAUAAUACACUUUAUUUACAGCCGUUAAAAAGAAAAUUCGUUCGUUGCUCAAAUCAAGUUACAGUUGGUUUGCUACAGAAGUUUAUCGCGAAAAAAUUGAAUCUUGAGGCUGCAAAUCAGGUUUGCCUUUUAUACAUGUAUAUAACAGUUUCAAAGUUGUAUCUGCACUCAAACCCCCUCAGAGCCUGAAUUUGAAUGUUAGAUGACUGCCAUGUUAUAGCUCUGAUGGAACGAGUUUACUUUCAGAUUGAGAUUAUAUGUAAUGACAUGGAACUGGGAACAGACUUUACCUUACAUUUCAUUCAAGAGACUAUUGCAGAUGAGGAGGUACGUUCGCUUUGUACUUGUUGACAUGAAGAAAUAGUGUGUCCUUUGCAGCUAGACAAAAAAGUUUUACGUAUAACAGUAGUCUGCAGAGCGUGCAGAAUGCAGUGCCUUUUUGUGCCCCCGGGUUUUUCCAACGUUCUCCAGUCACACAAUAUUCUCUGUCAACUAUUUUUUGCCUGUAUCCUGGAUUGCAUGCCAGGAGAUUAUCUAUAGUGCGAGCUGCGAGUUGCGAGUUACGAGUAUAUUGUUAAUUUCUAAUAACAUCGGGUUUAAUUUUAACCCAGGGUUAACACUAACCUAGCUUUGAAGCACCGAACCAGGUGUUUACACCUGUGGUUUACACUAAAAAUUCAAAUUGAAAACUGUAUGGCAUCCUGGCGGAUGUGAUUUUAGCUUUGUCUCAAUUUGGCGCCAAUUUUCAGCUUUUGAAAUAAACAUUCAUUGCAUUUAUUUUUAUACUUACAAACUUGUAAAUAGCAAUCGUUUUGAUAUACUGAUGGUUUUUCCCGUGUUUAGAUAAAGUUUAUGUAUGUAUAUGUAUGUCUAUGUAUAAAUUGUAUAAAAUAAAUUGUACUUCCGAUGAAAAGGACUUGAGUUUUAUAGGGUUCCCAGCGUUCAGUAUAUAUAAACAAACUGAGUCGGUGUCUGGUCAUACUUACUAAUAAAAUUAAAUAACCAUUUUAAGAUUAGAAAGCACAAAAUGGUCUGGAUAACUACUAGAUUUUAUUAAACACAGAAACGGCAAAUAUAAACUUGCACUUUUAUUUUCAAUAUAAUUAUUUUAAUUCUUGAACAUACGUAUCGAUGGAUCUAACAAAGUAAAAAAAACAAGUAAAGGCCGAUUUUUAUCUCGUCCGUAUCGUAGCAUUUUCUUUUGUGUCGAAGUCUUAGUUACAGGGACCUUAACUUCGAAGGUCAUUAUAUUUAUGAAACAAAAAACCCUUCGACUUUGCCUUCCAUGUCGUCCAUAUUAAUAUACUUUCAAAGCCUAAUUCAAAGCGAGGCUAGCGACUCGCAACUCGCAGCUCACAACUCGCAAAAUAGCCGACCCCGCAUGCCAGAGUGUAAGAUCAUUUAAAAACUUAUAGCACCCAGGAUCGUGGGCCCGUUUCAACGUCUUUUAAUUUGUAGUCUGACCUGAAAUACUCAUUAUUCUUUAUUGUAGGACCACAGUAAACCACUGCUCCUCUACUAUGGCCUAAGUGAUAUGGAAUAACUCGAUACAAGGAAUUUGUAUUGUACCAACUAAUUGGACGUGUCGGUCUCAUUGAUAUUGACGUUGAGUCAUAAGUAUGAUCUUCGCAGAAAGGCGGAUGGUGAAUUUUAUGUAUUUACAGUACUUUGUUCAUACAUGUUUUAUCUAUUUACUCGUCUAAGUUCAUACGUUUUUAAAACAAGCUGCAUUAUCCAGUAAGCAUGUAUCUUGUUGUCAAAGUGUGUAAAAGCAUAGACAAUCCAGAAGACUUCUGGAUUGUCUAUGGUAAAAGUAACUGCAUGUAGAAUAUGGUUGGAAAAAAUGUAUAAUGAGGCGAAUUUAAAUAGUUUUAGUAACGCUUUGAGUGUAUCAUAUAUACUUCUUUUUUUCUAUCUAUAACUAACUCGCACUUCAAGGUAAAAUCAAAGUUGGACUUAAUUGAUGGACGUUUAUUAUCAAGAUAUAGGAAGGCUAUGAAGAUUCUCAAUCAAUUUCGUCCAGCAUGACGACGAAUAUACGUGAGGUGAAAACUAUAUUUAUGGUGAAAACCAUCUAUUACUGCUUCGUAUAUGAACUGUUAUUAUGCGUUUGAAAAACUAACAUAGUUACACGAACAUCCAAACUAUUGUUAAAUUUAAUAAAAUAAAUUUACACUGCAUUCAAGCAGACAACUUAUUCCAAACAACGACUGGAUUUUUAAAUACAUGUACUGUAUCAAGGCGCAGCAUGCAGUCAAGCAUUUUUAAGCGCCAAUUGUAUCUUUAGCCUAAACAGACAUUUACGUAGCGAAGAACUACCUGUAGUACACCUUUAUCAGUGUGUGAACCAAAGAAAAAAAAUGGGGAAAUACAUUAAGUUUAUAAUUUGGUAAUAAGGAAGAAUUCUCUUUUCCAAAUAUCUUCUGUUUAAAUUCGUAAAGACACAUUCAUUGGAUACACUAUACUGCCCUCGUUAUCGAAUAUCGUGUAAACAUUUAAGAAAUUCAAAUCUAGAUCGAGGUCAGUUAAAACAUAUAUGCAUAUACAAUUUAAAAUUGGCAGUAUUUAUGUUCUAAUUGUUGUCCUACUAGGUCUGUGACAGGCAUUAACAUUCCAACGUUUUUGUUGUAAGUGGUUUAUAUUGUGGUGCAACACAUGGUAAUUUCAAACGUAUAUUGAUACUUAUAAGAGCGAAAAUAAUUUUACCACCAUAUAGGGUAAUGUUAACCACCAUGUACUGCAUCAGCAAUUUUUCUACCUAAAAAUGUAAAACCUAGCUUAACAUGCAAUAUUUCCACGCGCUUUUAAUAUGUGAUAAAUAAGCGAACAUUUUAAGCUUUGGCUGACACUCCGAGUCAAUAAAUUAUCAACGUUUAUCAUUGAAAGAGGCUUGGUUCGUCAUUUUCUGAUUGCUUCCACGGACUCUAGUAGUUCUUUUAUCUUCUAGUUUUCACCUUGUUUCUUUUCUUGCUCUGGUUCUUCAGUUUGUUGGGCACCAUCAUCUCUUUCGGACGCCAUCUUGAAAGAAGGAAAAUUAAUAUGUCAAGAACUGGU